CAACACGGAAGAUCGCGCGGUUUAUUCGGGAUGGUUAGGUUUCCUUCGCCCUGCCUGGGAUGCGUUACAGGAGGUGUGCUGUUAGUGAACGUGUGGUGCAGCAGGCCAGUCUUGGCGACAUGGUGAAGGUCCAGAAGUCCACUAGGAGGAAGAGCUCUCACUGUCCCCGCAGACUGGAGACUGGUGGUCAGACGGAGAUGGAGGAGGUCCAGCCCCAGUCAGGCACCGAGCCUCCGCCACAGGAGGAGCCCCGAGGAGGAGAUCCGUCCUCCGAUGAAGCCCAUCUCCAAACCUCUGCUUUAGUUUUGCCAUCAGAGAGCUUGGACCAGAAGGAAACUCAGAUGGACGUUGAGGAAAAGGGAGACUCUGCUGCCCAGCUCCAGGCCAAGCCGCUGUGGAAGCCCAUUCCCCCUCUGCUGCCCGAGCCCCGCAGGAGCAGCACAUCUGAGACCAGGGACCAGAGCUGCCAGACUGAGGAGCAGCUUCAGCAGACCAGCGCAGGCAGCCACGGUCAUAACACAGGUUCGUCAGGUGACGACAGACAGAGCGUAGCCAUGAAGGAUUUAUUGGACGCCAUAUAUCCCAGAGUCCCAGACUACGUGGUCAGACUGGAGCCCAUUCAAACCACUACCAAGGCCGUGUUCCAGUACCUCACCACAGAGGAGGAGCUGGCCAGAUAUCCAUCGCACACACCAAGUGCCAGAGAAAGUCCUGUAGCAUGGGAAGGCGAACAAGUGGAGGGUGUGGACACCAACCAGACGAGCCAGCCGGGAGGAUCAGAGAGCCACAGCAGCCCAGGACACAAUCAGGGACAGAGGAGAUGGGAGGCUGAGGAGGAGGCUAAAGAGGAGCAGCCACAGCAUGAAGACGAGGGUUCCACUAGUGGGGUUGAGGACGUAACAAUCUCCUGUUGUCUAUGCGGUCAGGACUUCAACUCACGCCGGAGCAUCAGACGCCACUGCCGCAAAAUGCACCAGACCAAACUGGAAGAGCUUCGAAAGUUCACAGAGACACGUACAGUGCCCACAAGCCUGCUCUCUAUGGUGAAAGGUCGGCCAAGGACUCUCAGCACACCGACUGGAAAAUCCUGCCCAGUGUGCCUCAAAACCUUCGCCACCAAAGCCAAUGUACGCCGUCACUUUGACGAGGUGCAUCGCGGUCUACGGAGGGACACCAUCACACCCAGCAUCGCCUCACGGCCUGGCCAGCCCUUCUCUCUGGAGGUCACACCCCCCAGGAAGAGCAACAAUGCCUCUCCAACCCGUGCCCCCAACUCCAAGCCCACCCCUGUGAACACUAAACCGACACCUUCAAACCAAAACCAGCCCAAACCUCAGAGUCCAGCCUCGAACUCUCAACAGGCAACCACAGCCUCGUGUCGCUGCACGCUCUGCAAGAGGAACUACAGCUCUCAGCUCAUGUUGAAGAGACACAUGCGUAUUGUCCACAAAAUAUACAGCAUCAAAAGUAACAGGCCCUCUACCACUCCAGCCCCCUCUACUCCGGCACCGACUCCUAACAGCACUAACGUAGGCACAAGCAACAGUGUCAGAGUAAAAGAGGAAGCAGUGGAGCACUCAGAAGAAGAAGAAGACGAUGAGGAGGAGGAGGAUAUUGACAGCAGUCCAGCCCCGUCACCCAGUGACAGCACUGGGACAGCUAAAGGUGUUCCUGUGGCACAAAGCCCCAUGAAGGUGAAGGAGGAGGAGGCCCCCUCGAGCCCGAAGAUGACGGCAUCCUUUCCUCCGUCAUCCUCGCGCGGUGGCAACAUGUGUAGCGGGAGCCUGCCUGCCAAAAUGACCAAACUGUCAGUUGGUUUUGACUUCAAGCAGCUCUUCUGCAAACUGUGCAAGCGACAGUUCAGCUCACGUCAGAACUUGACAAAGCACAUUGAGCUGCACACAGACGGCAACGACAUCUUCAUUAAGUUCUACCGCUGCCCUCUCUGCCGCUACGAGUCACGCCGCAAACGCGACGUCCUGCGCCAUGUGACUGUGGUCCACAAGAAGUCGUCUGCCUACCUCGCCAAGAUCAUGCCCAAACUGGAGAGCAGGGCGGUGAAGAGGCUAGCUGAGGUAGUCCUCAACAGUUCCACCCCCACCAAGAGGACAAGUAGCGUCGCCAAAGAGGAAGUGAACGGACGUCACGCUUCUUCAUCCUCCUCUUCCUCUUCUCCCUCACCUCCUAUCACUCGCAAGCAAGAGUGCUCCACAUCUGCCCCAACCACCUUAUCAGCCACCUCCUCCUCCUCCUCGGCCCCACCUCCUGCUGCUGUCACUCGGAAACAGCUGGACCUCUCAUCACCAGCUUUCACCCCGUCCCCUCCUGUCACCCGCAAGCAGGAGAGACAGCAGACCCACCCGCCUCGUCCCAUCAGCCCCCCGCUGACCCGCCGUAGUGAAAAACACACACAUCAACGCAACUCCUCCUCCACCACCACCAGCUCGGCCAGCAAUCAAACCCCACACACCCGACGACAUGACACUCAGUCGGAGAGCAGCGGCACGGGGUCGUCGUCCUCCACUGAAGUUAGAGUGACCAAGAACUUCUCCCUGCACGCCUGCGACCAGUGUGGACGAGCCUUUGCCAAGAAGCUGUACCUAGAGUCUCACAAGCGAAGUCACCGUAAUGCAGCGACGGCAGCAGCCAGCCGGAGGAAAGGAGUCAGCACCCGCUCCAAAUCCCUGGUCUGGUGAAACACACAUACUUCCACCAGGGAUAACGGACGAGCGAGCCUCUAACAAUGAAGAAGCGAAUCAAAACGUUCAAUUGGGAAUAUAAUAGAUGAACGGAACGAGCAUGGUGCAGAGAUGAAGGAAACAAACCAAGAAAGGAACAAUGGAGCACAACAGAGGAGUGAAGUACAAAGGAUUUCCACCUUUUGCUUACGAACCACAUAUAUUGUUGGAAUCUGACAUUGUUUGUUUGUAUAGUUUCAUUAUGAAGCCAGCCAGCUUGCUGGACGGUGGCGCUGCUAUCCACGGAGAGACUGUAGGAACGGAAGAAUAACCACCACUGCAUUCAUCUAUAUUUACUUACAACUGUAUGUAAGUAUAGAUCCAAAUGCAGAUGGCUGAUUCGUACUGCUUUGCUCUCAUAAGCAAAAGGAUGAAGGUACACUAUGGAAGUGUGUGUGCGUGUGUGUGUGCAUGUGUUUGCGGGUGUGCGAGCAUUUGUGAGAAAGACAGGGAAUCAGGACUGGAUCCACGGAAAAAAGACUGGAAACUUUUGUUUUUUUUGUAGAAAGCAUAAUUUGAUUGGACCCUCGCAGUCCCACACAGAUAUACAAAACAUAUUUGGGUCCUUGGCUGUAAGCAUUUUAUUCCUUUUCUGUAUAUUCACACCUUACUAAGUGUUUCUAGGGUGUUUACAAGUUGAUAUAUUCAAGACCACUUGACAAUUCAAUGCUACAGCAGAUAACAGAUGAUAGAUUUUUUCCUUCACUUGUAUUUUCUCAACAUGAUUCCACUGAUAGUUGGAGCACAGUUGCUUCCUGCUAUCUAAAGGCACACACACACCAAACCGACAGCAGAGACCUAGUAGCCAUGAAGGCCAAGUGUUGCGUCGCCUGAUGUUGCCUGUGUCUCGGCCAAAAAGUUGCCAACCAGCACAUUCGUUCUGCGCCUGUAUGAGAGGCAGUAAUUCUCCAUACCAGUCGGCGGCAUAUUUGUCAUUCAAAAAGGGAAAACAGAAGUUUGACUGGAUGUAUAGAAGAAGCUAGUUAGCCAGUUAGCACAUUAACAACACAACCCGAUGUUGAAAGAACAAAGGAUAUUUACUGUGUGCCAGCGAACAAUAACAGCAAAUACAGCUAUAAACCGUUUCUACUAAAGAGCACAAUCGCUAAAACUGAUCUUACCUAAUAUAACAAGACUUCAGUUGUUUACUUUCCUCACUUCUGUGUUUCUUCUCAUACACUGAGCUCAACUGCCAAACAGAGUGAUUUAUUCACCAACCAUCUCUGACACCAACUCAAUAUGUUGAAUCAGCCACAAAAAGACGAUAAGGGCCGACUAGUACCAACGGUGCACGACAUGCUGCGAAAAGUAGGGCGACGGAUGGCCUGACGUUUAUCAAAGGCUGACUGUUGGCUUGGUGUGUCAGGGGCCCUGCAGAACCAUUUCCACCUAUCAUUCUUCAUAAGAUUAGCUGCCUGCCUUACAGUUGAAAAUUACGUUUAUGUUCUAAUGUAAAUGUUGCAACUGAGAGUUGUAAUAUUAUUCAUGUACGCAGUCUAUAGAGUGAUUAUUUUGUAUCUGCUCUACAGUGACCAACAGCAGCUUGGGUAAAUUGUUCAUUAAUUACAGGGUACGGACACAGUAAGGGAAGCCCUGAAGUAUAUGUUUUAGUUUUCCUUGAAAAUUGUGUGUUUGCUUUUUUAGAAAACAACCGAAAAACUGUUAUCAAUUUCCAGAGAUCAAUUCUGUUUUCCUCACGUGUUGCUGUUAAGUUCUGCCUUUUAUGUGUGACUGCAUGUAAAAAAACCAUUAGUUAAGGAUGACCAUAUCCUGGUUUACCUCCAUGUAUUAGCUGACUUAUUUGUCCCAGUAAUCGCCUGGUUGUAAGAAAGUAGUCAAGCUUUGUGAGGCAAGACCUCAGUGAGAGACUGUUUAUACCUGGUAUUAACAUACGCUCCAGUGAUCCCAACACAAGUGGACAGCCGAAACGCUUUGCCGUUCACACCUGUGUCUGUCUUGUGUCUUCAGUUGACUGCUUGUUCGGAUUUCAUUACUGCCCUGCACGCAGCUAUUACAUCCGUACUCUCAACACUCAUGUUAGCUUCUGUCGGUACAGAUGGAGAUAUGAUGAUGAUGGACGUUUAGUUUAGUUUAGUUUAGUAAUCUUUAUUUCGAACAUGCAAACAAAUGAAUAAAUAAAUAGCAGAAGAAAACAAAACAAAAACAGUAUUUGUAACAAGAACAAGUGUAAAGCCACUGAAUUAGAAAAAUAAUCUAUAAAUAAUAAUAAUACAAAAGCAAACAAUUUACAAUACAAACAAAACAAAAAAAGAAACAGAGACGCACUAAGUGGUCUUGUGUUUACAGUAAAAAGAAGUAAAAGUGAAGUAAAAAACUUAACGUUCAUGAAUCACUUCAUCUAACUUUUGAAAAAUGGACAAGUUAGAGACUGCUGUCACCAAAAUAGCCACCACGUCCUGCAUUAAUGACAUAGUCACUGUCGGGGAUGUAUUAGGAUACAUUUGUGUUCGGCCCUGAUCACACAGAAAGUGUUUACGCAGCUGGAGGCGCCUAUUUGUAAUAAUUUUAAAUGAGAAUGAAGCUUUUUGCUUGCAGUUUUUGCGUUGCGACGUUCCUCGCGUGUCUGCCUUCUAAGUGCCUGAUGAACUUCAACACAAAGCAGAAAAACGCUCCACGUCUCUUUUUUCGUCACAUUUUUUUCCAUUAUCCAAUCAGAUGAUUUGAGAGGCGGGCCUUCUGUGGUGGUCACAACAACAAGUUUACAGUUGGUAAACAAUGGAGGAAAAACUGGUGGUAGCAGUUGGUGGAUACCCAGAGCUAUACGGCCUGACGGUAGACAGCAGGUUGUCAAACUGCCCCAGAGUCAUCAUUGAGGGGAAGCACCUGGACUAACUGGUGGUGCUCCCCAUGAUCCACCCUCUUUUUUAGGGUAUCAUGUACCCACACAGAUCUCCGUUUCCCUGUGCCCAACAAACUAUUUACUGACAGCCUCUCACCCUCAACCAGAGCUACAGCAAGUACCCUGUGCCUCAAAACUAGAUGCUAAUUACUGUCAAAUACCUAAAACAGAAUGAUUACACAGGUAGGUUAGAAUAAGGAGGUGAGUCCGUGGUUGCCUGGCAACAAAACAAAGGUGCAGCAAGGGCUUUUUAUCACAAGUGGCGGCCAAUUAAAACAAUAAGGCAGUGCAGCGUGCUUCGUGCUUUUCACCUCCAUGUGUGAACGGAUAACCCAAGUCGAUGUUAACACCAGGUAUAAACAGGUCCAAAGAAAUCAGUCUGUGAACUGAGGGAGUCUUGUUCUGAAAUGAGACAACCAUUUUGGGACAAAAAUGACACAGAAUAACCAAAAUCCGAUAAAUGGCACUAAGUAUGAUGAUUUGAAAUGAUGCAAGGUGCCACGAGCAAAACAUUUAACCUAUCAAAUUAUUACCCUAUUACCCCCUAUGGUUAAUCACUUGUGUGAGAAUCUAAUUUUCAGAGAGCAGGAAAGGUGGGACUGCACAUAUUAUAAAGGAGUAAAGUGUGUUUGAACAGGUUGAUGUUACAGUAACAGCCACAACACAUCAGAUAUCAGAAACCAUUAACUGGAAGAAUUGCUUUUCUGUGUUCGGUGAAGUAUCGUUGACCACCGUCAUCUUGCUUGUCGCUCAGCAGUAGCUGACCCUAGAUGAUAUGUUGACAUGUCAGCUGUAGUGCCUCAGCAGCAGGUGUAACAGGAUUGAGUCAACACCAGCUGUUUGUGAAUUUGUGGUGCUAUUCUUGAUUAUGACGGGCCAAAAUGUGGGAGCUGGGGAAAAGAGAAAGCAACACGCCCUGGCAAGCUAAACAGUUCUGUUCUCCGAACUUAAAAGUUUACAUUAAACUUUUCGUUCCAUUAAGAAAAAAAGCCAGGAGUCAUUCAUGUAAACCUUGUUAACUUUUGUUUUGUGCUCAAACUUAAGGGGGCUGCGUUUCUUUAACGACAGCAACAGGUACCCCGAGGUAGUCUUUGAAACACUGGCACACGAGUUGGGAGGAAAGUGCUUGAGGAAGACCAAAUGUAGAUAUGUCUUAAUGUUCAAACAGAAAGCCAUGAAAUGGAACAAAACCAGAUAGGAAAGACCAAACUUUAUUUUUAUAAGUGAAAACGCUACCGUGACAAGGUCUUGAGAACAUGUAUAUAUGGAAUUAUCCUGCACGGAUGGUAUAAAUAAUAGUUAUAAUAGUCACAAUAGUUAUUGACUUAUACUUAACUGUUGAUUGACCAUACGCUUCGAACAUGUCCAACUAGUUACCGCUGUGUCACUGUUUAAUACUGAGGCAAGUUUGUUCCACGAUUAGUUGUCUUUUUUGUAUCUCAUUCCUUUUUGAAGGAGGUUUUUGUUGGAAUGUGUCAAGACGAGAACAGAAAUCAAACCUCAAGAGACUUCUCUUUUUUUUGUUUUGUCAUUUUCUUUGCUCAUCAGCUGUAAUAUGUUAUUAAGCUCACCUUCUAGAGAUCUUGAGAAGAGUUAGAGAAGCCUUUCAAAUGUGACAAGAAUGUUAAAACCAACCACUUAAUAAAUAAAAAUGUACUGCUUCAAACCUCA